AUGCCCCCAGAACUUUGGGCAGAGGCGAAGGAACCGGGAAAUGUUCCUUCCUCCAAAUUGACCCUGAGCCAGGAAGGACCCGAGCGCUUCUGGCCCCUUGACUUCUCCUACACUCCUCCUGCUGUUGCUAUAGCUGAGGAAGAUGUAAUAGUUCCCAGGAGUUUUCUGGGAACUCCCUGCCCCGUUGGUCCUGUGUAUCCCCCAAGAAAAAUACACACCUCUUGCCUGCAGGUGGCAUUUUUAACAUCAGCUGUAGCCAGUGCAGACGGGGAGAAGGCUCGGCUCCGUGGGCAGCUGAAGGAGCCUGCUUCUGGGCCCAUGCCAACAGGUGAGCCAGGUGCCAGCCCAGAAGCAGCCAGAAGCAGCAGCCGCAGCCCCAGGGACUGGGAUCGAUUCUGUGUGUGGGGAGACCCACUGGACCCUGCUGGCAGCCAUGGAGAACCCUCUCUCGAGAAACCAGAGAACCAGCAGCUACAGGCCCAGCUGAGCCUCAUGGCUCUCCCUGGGGAAGGUAUGGGAGACCACUCAGAGGAAGAGGAGGGAAAGGAGGAGAAGGAGGAGGAGGCACCUUGGCCCAUGCCGAGCAUCCUGCAGGACCUGGAAAGCCAGGAGUCCAUGGUGAUGGCAUUUUUAACAUCAGCUGUAGCCAGUGCAGACGGGGAGCAGGCUCGGCUCCGUGGGCAGCUGAAGGAGCCUGCUUCUGGGCCAUGCCAACAGGUGAGCCAGGUGCCAGCCCAGAAGCAGCCAGAAGCAGCAGCCCCAGCCCCAGGGACUGGGAUUGAUUCUGUGUGUGGGGAGACCCACCGGGCCCUGCUGGUAGCCAUGGAGAAACUGCAGAGCUGCUUUAUGCAGCUGACGCAGGAAAAGGUGGACCUGAAGGAGCAGGUGGAGGAGCUGGAACAUCGCUGCAUCCAGCUCUCUGGAGAGACAGACACCAUCGGUGAGACUACACCACCCUCUCUCAGCCAGGGGGCAGCGCUGAAGGAGCAGCACCCAGAGGAGGAGGAGCACAUCCACAGGCUAGCCCAGGACAAGGAGGAGAUGAAGGUGAAGCUGCUGGAGCUGCAGGAGCUGGUGUUGCGGCUUGUGGGCAACAGGAACGAGGGCCAUGGCAGAUUCCUGGCAGCUGCUCAUGAGCCAGCUCCAGGGGCCCCAGCCCCCCAGAGCUCAGGGCUAGCAAGGGAGGCUGGCAGUGUGCUCAGAGCCCUCCUCCCUCUCUCCAAACAUCUUUGCCAGGUGAGCCUCGCCGGCAGCGUGGAGCCUGCACAAGGAGAGGCCGGGGAGGGUUCUCCCCGCGACAAUCCCACUGCACUGCAGAUCAUGCAGCUGUUUGGUGAGAUGCAGAACCCUCAGGAGCGCCCAGGCUUGGGCAGCAUCCCCUGCAUUCUGUUUUUCUACCAGGCUGACAAGAACCACGAGAGGGUGUGGCAUGUUUGUGGAAGGAAUAAAUGA